AUGGAACUAGAAAAUGGAACCGAAGUCACUGGAUUCAUUCUCCUGGGAUUUUUUGGUCAACACAAAUUUUGGCAUGUCCUCUUUGCAGUAUUUCUAGUGAUCUAUGUGACUACCAUACUGGGUAAUGUUGGGAUGAUUGUACUCAUCAAGAUUGAUUCUGGCCUUCAUACACCGAUGUACUUCUUCCUUCAGCACUUGGCCUUCAUUGAUCUCUGUUAUACCUCUGCUAUCACUCCCAAGAUGUUGCAGAACUUCAUACGGACAGAAAAAUCUAUCUCAUUCAUAGGAUGUUUGGUACAAUUACUGGUCUAUGGUGCCUUUGCAACCAGUGACUGCUACCUCCUGGCUGCUAUGGCAGUGGACCGCUAUGUGGCCAUCUGUAACCCACUCCGCUAUCCACUAGUCAUGUCCCAGAGAGUCUGCAUUCAACUGUUAGCUGGUUCAUACUUCAUGGGUUUUCUAAAUGGCUCUGUAAACACAGGUUUCACAUUCUCAUUGAACUUUUGCAAAUCCAAUGCAAUUAACCACUUCUUCUGUGAUGAACCCCCAAUUCUUGCCCUUGCAUGCUCUAAGAUUGAUUUCAACAUCAUGCUACUGGCAGUCUUUGUGGGGUUUAAUUUGAUGUUCACUGUGUUGGUUGUCACCUUUUCCUACAUAUAUAUUUUAGCCGCCAUCCUGAAGAUAUCUUCUGCAGCUGGGAGGAAAAAGGCCUUCUCCACGUGUGUCUCCCACCUGACAGCAGUCACCAUAUUCUAUGGGACUCUUUCUUAUAUGUAUUUGCACCACAGUACCAGUGAGACUCAAGAGCAGGAAAAAGCAGCUUCUGUAUUUUAUGGCAUUAUGAUCCCCAUGAUAAACCCUCUGAUCUACAGCCUAAGAAAUCAAGACGUGAGAGAAGCUUUAAAAGGGGUCAGAAAGAAGUGCUUCUAG